AUGGAUGAUUUUCGUCAAUGUGUCCGACACCCUGAGGUGGAGGAUGUCAAUUUCAAGGGUCUGUUCUUUACUUGGACUAAAAACCCCAACGGUACGGGAGGUCUUCUUAAAAAGAUUGACCGUGUCUUGGGCAAUUCUCAUUCCCUUGCUCGUUUUCCUUCUGCUUCUGUUGUCUUUCUUCCCUAUCGGUCUUCGGAUCAUAGCCCCGCUGUUCUUACUCUUCCUUCUACCUCUCCUCGUAAACCCAAACCUUUCAAGUUCCCCAACCUUCUUACGUAUAAAGAGCCUUUUCUGAAUGUUGUGUCUUCUCAUUGGCACCCUGAUCUUGUUGGUCGUGAGAUGUAUAAGAUCUCUCAAAAUCUUAAAAAUCUCAAAGGGCCCCUCCGUAAGAUGCUUAGUGAUCAGGGUAAUCUUCAUUCUAAAGUUACUAAGUUACGGCUUGAGCUUGACAGGGUCCAGAUUGCGCUGGAUAGGGACCCUGAAAAUGGGGCCCUCCGAGAGGAACACUGUGGGUACUUAUCUGCCUACAAUAGUGCCUGUCUUGAUGAGGAGCGGUUCCUGAAGCAAAAAGCCAAGAUCAACUGGCUCCGUGAGGGAGACCGAAAUUCUUCUUUCUUUCAUAAGUCGGUCAAGAGUCGUAUCAGCAAGAAUCACAUUGAUACCAUUCAAAAUACUGACGGUCUCUGGGUUUCUAAUGAUGAG